GAGCUAAGCCCCCAUUAAUCUCCAACUAUGGGGGGGGCACACUGCAGGCAGCACCAUGCUCAUGCUCACUGUCCCUCUUGCAAAGUUUCCUGUAGCGGCAGUAGCAGUCUGUGGGAGGGUGGGGUGUGCUUAUUUUAAGGAGGAGGUGUGUGGAGUAGGAGAAGGGAGUGGGGCUAGAUGUAAAGGGGAAGAGAAGUCACAAGGUUUAAAAUAAGAUGCAGUGACAAGGGCAGCAGCAAUCAGGCAGGAGGACACUGUGCUACUCUCAGGAUCCAGAGAGAGAGAAAGAGGGGAGUGUUUGGGGAGUCCCCCUCCCCUGGUCUGCCUUGGCUUACAUUGCUAAUCCCUUGCACUCUGACAGAGGCUGCUGGUGGCAAGAUCAGCUGGCUGGAUACAGGCAUCAAGCAGAUGAGCACCCAUAAAAAUCUAUUUGGCAGCUCUCAGGGGAAAUGUGAAGGCUCAAAGAUCUGCAGAAGAAGACGGGACACUGCCACCAGCACCCAUCAACUGUGGGGAUUUUUAUCAUUGAUGCCAACAUUCUUACAGGUACCAAGUUGGGGGGCGGUGGGAUCAGCACAUUGCUGGCACCACUGAGAUGCCCGUAAUUCCAUCUCUAUGGAUGUAGCACGGAAGCCCCGAAAUAUCAGCAGAAGCUACCAGGACGACCUCUCAUCCAGCUCUAACCUGGAAAGGAGACGUAACUUCCACCUUUCCAUACAUCAUCUCUCUCAGGACUACCUGAACCUGCUGAAGAUUGCGCUGGUGCUUAAUACCAUGGGAUGCAUUCAAAGUCUGAGCUGCAAACCCAAGGUCCUGAGAGAGUCCAUUGCCGUGCUGGAUCUCAAAGCCUCCAUCGACUCUACUCCCACUACCAUUGAUGAAUCAUCCAACGUUGUCCUCAGAUACAGGACGCCUCACUUCAGAGCCACAGCCCAAAUUUUAGCGCCUCCUAUUGCCUUGAAGGAGACAUGGAGGAUAGGUUGGAUCCAGGCCUGCAAUCAUAUGGAGUUCUACAACAAUUAUGGAGACCUGGGCAAGUCCAGCUGGGAAUUACCUGACCUUGAGUCUGGAGAAAUCACAGCCAUCAGUGAUUCGGAUGGAGUCAACUACCCUUGGUACGGCAACACGACAGAGACUUGCACCAUCACUGGCCCCAUAAAACGGGAAUCUAAGUUCACCAUCAGCAUGAAUGAUAACUUUUACCCAAGCGUGACAUGGGCAGUGCCCGUCAAUGAUGGCAACGUGCCUAUGUUGACGGGCAUCCACAGGGACCAAAGCUUUACAACCUGGCUGGUGGCUAUAAACACAGCCACCAAUGAUAUUAUUAUCCUUCACACGAUAAAAUGGAGGAUGAGACUUGAAAUUGAGGUCAACCCCAAUAUGCCGUUAGGGCAACGAGCCAAACUAAAGGAGCCCUUUGGGCAGGAGCAACCACAGGUACUUACCAAAAAUGAACCCAUACCUCCUAGUGCACUGGUAAAACCUAACGCAAAUGAUGCCCAGGUGCUAAUGUGGAGGCCGAAAAGUAGGCAAGGAGAAGUGGUCAUCCCGCCUAGAGAUGGAAAGGGAAAAAAAUGAGCUGCUAAUAGACAAAGAAACCACAACAACAACAAAAAUCAUAUAAUUUUUGCUUUAUUGUAAGCUCGGUUAUCACUGUGUUAUUUUAUAUUUGUGAGGGUGAGCUGCCUUGUCCACUAAGUGGGAUCCAGAACAGGAAGAAGAGUUGCGACCCUCAAGGAUAAGGUCCAACAAAUAAGCUUUGUAGACUCUUGUAGGCCAUCUGCAAGGACUUCUUAGGGUGACCAGGAUAUAGGAGGAAAUCCUACCUACUGAAGUCUAGAGUCUUGGUCGCAUGAGAGAGACCUAAUUUUUUCAAAUUUAUGGCCUUUAAACCCUAUAGAACGGGUUGCGUUACAAAGUCUAAACUGAUUAGAAGAAAUCUACAAACUGGACAUCUGGAAGUUAUUUAUGAUUUUUUUUAAUCAAAUUUAUUUUUGCAUUUUGCAACAUUGCCAAAAUCUUCCUUAUAGGUUUAUCAUUUUAAAGGGGAAGAAAACCCAAAUAUAACAUUUAAUGAAAGCAAAUAUAAUUCUACUCAGUGUUCCCUUUUACCCUUGUCAAGAUCUUUGGAAGAUUUUAAAGUUGUCAGUAAAGCAGUAUUUGUCUGUCCUUAUUUGCACUACUGGUCCUGAACAUUCGAAUGAUGUAGCAGUAGCUGGCACUCCUCAUGCCAAGAGAACAUGCAAGCCACUAUGGGCAGUGGCAUAACUACCCUUGAGGACCCUAAAAGACUGAAAAGUGUAAUUAAUUUAUAUCGGGCCGUUGCUUAUAACUAUAUUUGCUUUCAUUAUGCAACAUUUAAUAUUUGGGUUUCCUACCCAGCGACAUAAUAUUUGGAGCUUUUUUUGGGGGUGGGUGCUGUUUUUUUUUCUAAUGGGAGAUGAUGUUGGAUAAAGUGUCAGUUGGUUCCUAUGACACAUGAGGUAUUUUUUGUUUGGAAGGUGUGUUGUACUCAAAUUUCAGUAGCAAUCAAACUCAGGGAAAGGUAGCCAAUUGCUCGGCUACUAAGGGUUGAAUAAAAACAUUGCUGGCCAAUGUUUUUUUGUUAUUUUUUUUAUAACCACAAUACGUUACGAAAUGAAAGACUGAGGGUAAGCUGGAUGAUAGAGACAGAUUAGGUGACCUAACCCCCUUUUACCCCAUAUUUAGAGCCUUUGCAUAGGUGGAAGCACAAUCUAAUAGACCUGGAGCAUUUUUAGGGGCACAUGAAGUCAUUUGGAAAAGGCAGUAGAAAAGGGUAAUUGUCAUUUGCACAGGAUGGAACAAAAAGAAUAGCUCAUAUAAUAGAGGUUAAAUCUGCAAGUAAUCGGCCAUAUCCACACUGUCUUGCCUCUGAUGGAAUGCAGUGUGACCAGCCUGCCUUGUGUCCUAUAUUUAGUGUUUGGUAGCAAGUCGACAUACUCGUGAUCACAUUGAUUAAGAGGUUUCAAAUGUUCUAUGUCUGAUAACUUUUUCUUGAUCUUGGUUAGGAGUUGAGGUUAUGGUUGUGCUCAGGGUCAGACUGGGCCUCCUAAAGGCAACCUGAGAACCUAAUAAUACCAAGGGUCCACUCUUAAAAAACAAUAUAUGUUGUAUAUAUAGGGCUAAAUCAUAUUGGUGUGCUAUAGGACUUUGUGGAAAAUAAGAAAGGGCUGAUCAAAGUUAUAAUGAAAUCUGGGUCCCAUUGGGGGAUUCUCUGGUGCUCCAGCAGUCCAGUCUGACCCUAGUUGUCCACCCAUAACUCCUGUGUGUUUGAACAGUUGUGGAAAAGCUGUUCUUUGUAUAUGUCUAUCCACUGUUCUAAGCUUCAAAUCACUGCAAGCUACUUGAUUUUUAUUUUGUAUGUGUGUGGACAUGCUGAGUUUCGUAUACAAAUUGUGAGUGAGCAAAAACGUUCUAAUUUUAAAAAAGGUCUUGUUCUUGAUCAUUUACAGAAAAUUUCUGCUUUCUUCUUUUUAUCACCUCCGUCUAAAUAGUCAUCUCAGAACUGAGAUUGAAUGAGCAUGAGACAUAACAGGUUUCAUUAUGUCUCUGUAAGUCUGAUAGAGAUAUGGACUUGUUUUUUACAGGGAACGGAUGGAAUUGGAUGGGAAAUGAGAAUAUGGAAGCCUUUUAAGUCUGAAACACCAAAUAAUACAACAAAACAAAAUUGACUAUUAGGGUCAUAAAAUUGUCAUAAAAUUUACAAAGUUUGCACCAGGUCUAGUAACCCAUAGCAACUAACCAGGUCUUGUGUUUCUAGACCAGAUGAUUGGUUGCCACAGGCUACUAGUUUGUGUUUGUUAGCCUGCAGGUCACAUUUAGCUUACAUCUCCUUAUAUAGCUGGGAAAUGUUUAUAGUGGGCAAGACAAAAUGGGAUGAAGGGCAUUCAUCCGCACAAAGUGGAGAAGAAAGGCUCUUGCUGGUGAUUAUAAAGGAAUGGUCUUAUCUUUAAGUACUUAGAAUACAAAGGAAGGAUAUUACCUGUGAGAAUAUAGGGAAUGGUCUUAAAAGAAGGGCCUUGCCUCUAAGUACUUAAAAUAUAAAACAUGGGCCUUUCCCAUAAGCCCUUAGAAUAUAAGGGCAGGACCUUGCUUUUGGGUACUUGGAAUAUAGAAGAAGGGCAUUGCUUAUGAUUAUAUAACAGUAUAAAGGAAUGGCCUCGUCUUAGAAAAUAAAAGAUGUGCCUUUCCUGUGAGCACUUAGGAUGGGUAUUACCUGUGAGUACUUAGAUAAAAUUUCAAGAAAGGACCUUGUCUGUACUUAGACUUUAAAGGGGGAGGGAGGGAGACUUGUCUGUUAGAAUUUAAGGAUGGAUAUUGCCAGUGAGUACUUAUAAUAUAAAGGAAAGACAUUGCCUGUGAGUACUUAGAAUAUGAAGCAGUGAUCUUGCCUGUGAGUACUUAGAAAAUAAAGGAAAGACAUUGCCUGUGAGUACUUAGAAUAUAAAGGAAAGACAUUGCCUGUGAGUACUUAGAAUAUAAAGGAAAGACAUUGCCUGUGAGUACUUAGAAUAUAAUAAAGGAAAGACAUUGCCGGUGAAUACCUAGAAUAUAAAGGAAAUACAUUGCCUGUGAGUACUUAGAAUAUAAAGGAAAGACAUUGCCGGUGAAUAUCUAGAAUAUAAAGGAAAUACAUUGCCUGUGAGUACUUAGAAUAUAAAGGAAAGACAUUGCCGGUGAAUACCUAGAAUAUAAAGGAAAUACAUUGCCUGUGAGUACUUAGAAUAUAAAGGAAAGACACUGCUUGUCAGUACUUAGAAUAUAAAGGAAUGAUCUUGCUAGUGAGUACUUAGAAUAUAAAGGAAAGACUUUGCAUGUGAGUACUUAGACUAUAAAGGAAAGACAUUGCCUGUGAGUACUUAGAAUAUAAAUGAAUGAUCUUGCCUAUGAAAACUUAGAAUAUAAAGGAAAUAAAGUUACCUGAGAGUACUCAGAAUAUAAAGGAGGAUAUUACCCGUGAGAUUACAGAACAUGACUGCUCAAGGGCAAAAGCCAGGGCCCCGUUGGCUCGCUGCUUCACACCUAAAGGAAAGACAAUGGCAGUUAGUACUUUGAAUAUAAAGGAAAGGCAUUGCCAGUGAGUACUUAGAAUAUAAAGACAUUGCCUGUGAGUACUUAUAAAGGAAAAACAUUGCCUAUGAGUACUUAGAAUAUAAAGGAAAAACAUUGCCCGUGAGUACUUAGAAUAUAAUGGAAUGAUCUCGCUUGUGUGUACUUAGAAUAUAAUGGAAUGAUCUUGUCUGUGAGUACUUAGAAUAUAAAGGAAAUAAAGUUACCUGAGAGUACUCAGAAUAUAAAGGGAUGAUAUUACCAGUUAGAAUACAGAACAUGGCUGCUAAAGGGCAAAAGCCAUGGCCCCAUUGGCUCGCUGCUUCACACCAUGUGCCCUUGUUCACAAAUCCAGCCCAAAGAUAUAUAUUUAAAUUUUGUUUUAGAGAUUUGGACCAUCUAGAAUCACCAUUGUGCAAUAUCUUUUGGCAAUAAAGAUAUUUAUUUUUAAUAAAAGUCAAUGAAAUGCCUUGUGAAAGCGUAA